AUGGAGGCCACAAUGUGUGGCACAGCUCCUCUCAGCAGCAGGAUAGUUGGAGGACAGGAUGCCACUGCAGGGAGCUGGCCCUGGCAGGUCAGCCUCGAGGAGGCCGAUAGUCACGUGUGUGGAGUCUCCCUCAUCAACAAGGAGUGGGUGCUGUCUGCUGCGCACUGCUUCAGCAGUGCCAGCACAAGUGGGUGGACUAUCCAUCUGGGUCGAGAGUCUUUAUACGGUUCUAACCCAAAUGAAGUGUCUAGAACUGUAGCUGAGAUCAUUCUACAUCCUAAUUAUGAUGCCUCCACAAAUGAGAAUGACAUGGCUCUGCUCCGGUUGAGCAGUGCUGUCUCCUUCAGCGGCUACAUCAGACCUGUUUGUCUGGCGGCCAGCGACAGCAUUUUCCACCAGGGACCAGACAGCUGGGUCACUGGCUGGGGAGCUAUCGGAGAAGGAGAGCCUCUUCCAAACCCAGGGGUUCUUCAGGAAGUGGAAGUUCCUGUAGUUGACAACAAAGUGUGUGCUGAGCUCUUAAGCUUUCAAAUCACAGAAAAUAUGAUCUGUGCGGGCCUUUCCGAAGGAGGGAAAGACUCUUGUCAGGGUGACUCAGGUGGUCCAAUAGUGAUGAACGACAACUCUGUGUGGGUCCAGUCCGGGGUGGUUAGCUUUGGGAUGGGUUGUGCUCGACCUGACCUACCUGGAGUCUACGCCAGGGUCUCCCGUUAUGAGGACUGGAUCAAAUCCCACAUCAGCAGUGACCCACCAGGCUUCGUGCAGGUCAUCACCCCUACCCCACUGCUUCCUGUUUCCACCACAUCCAGCGGGACCAAAGUCACAUGCUCAUUCUGCCUCUACAUCCUUCUGUCUUUUCUCAUCCUUUCUUUCUUCUGACUGAAUAGAAAUCCUUGUUUAUAAUGUUUAAAAGGUUAAACCCUUUUAAAUAACUAGCUGUGACAUUCGUAUUUCUGUCUAAAUAAAUCCAAAUGUUUUUCAAUA